AUGUCAAGGCCUUCCACUUUGCUCAUGAUCAUCACCAAGGCCCACGGACUGACUCCGUGGGAGUCCUGGAGACUGAGUGUUUCCAGAGGCUGGCUAGCUGAUGAACGUCUCAGCCCUCCUCAGAACCACAGUCCACCACAGACCACCGCCCGAUCCCUCGCACGAAGACCGCGGCCAUGGGUCAUCCGAAUUGUGCCCGAGCACCCUGGCCGACUAGCAUAUGGAGAUGGAAUCGGAGACCCCCGCCGUAAGAUGAACAUCUUCUUCCCAUCUCACACUGGUACUACCAGGCAGCGAAGACCUGGUCGAUCUCAACAUGUCAACAUUUAUGUGAUUGAAAAUACCUUCACCUCAUUUCAUUAUAGCUUCCGUUUUGGAGAAUCCCCUUGA